UAAGGAGUGUAUGCAAAGAAACAAUAAUGGUGGGAGGAGGAAACCUUCCUGUUUUUCCUUAAUAUGUGUGUUUUUUGUGCUCAGACUGUAUUUAAGAGGACAGGUUUAUGCUUUAGGAGUCAGAAAAAGGAUAUGUUUAAUGAUUCAGGUAUGUAGUGAAUUGAUAUAAAACAUAGAACCGGGUUGUUUUUGGAUCUAGCUAAAGGAAAACAGUUACGUCUUUCCACAAUGGCCUUGGAAGUGGCCCAAGGGUGUCAGCACACGUAUUACUGGGUUUCAGUCAUAUUGCUAGCAUUUAUGUUUACAAAAUAAUUUUUUGACCUGACAUAUCAAGUCAUCCGAUGUUUAAGUCUCACCCUUUUAAUAAACCGCAAAUAUUGUUUAUGAACAUACACACGUAUUUACUACAAAUUAUAACAAAUUGGUUCAUUUUGGUCCACAUAAUUUGUGGUUAAUGAUUACAAGCAUGUGCCUGAGUGUCUUGCCAAUAAGCAUUUCACUCAUUAAAAUCAUAGUAAUUCACACAUCAAUAUGAAUUCAAUAUUUAUAAUGCAUUAUACAGUAAAUGUAUUUAUUGCAUGUCAUAUAUAUCAGGCUUGUUUAUUUUUUCAUGCUUGGUCAAUCUCUGUAUAGUUGAUAAUGUGUAGUUAUAUUUACAUGCAUAUUGAGAACAUAAUGCAUUAUGUUUUCUGUUCAUAAAAUAAUGUAGAUACUGAUGUUAGUUUAUUUCAAUGUAUAAUACUUUUGGGGGGAAUCUGUAGUUUGAUAUCAUUUCACUUAUAAUGCUUAAUAAGUUGGAGAAAUAAAUAUUUGUGAGUAGUUAAAAUUUUCAGUAAGACUCAAGACAUGCUGGAAAGAUUGUAGCUCGUAGUCUACUCUCUAUGUGCGUAUCCCUUGGGAGCACGCAAUAAGUUACUGGGGAAAAAGAGGUCUGGUCUGAUCUGAUCUGAUCUGAUCAAAUCUUUUAUUACUGUUGUCACUGCAACCUCCAGUAGAAACAUUGAAAGGAAAAUAAAUGAACAAACUCUGAAGUUGUGUGACGAUAUGGCAUUAUGUGCUGUAACCUUGAACACUAAAUUCAUAAGAAUGUUUCCAGACUCACAGUGCUACAAUAAAGUUAAUAUUGCACUGGUGAAGUGACUAGUGAAACAAUAAUUGUAUUAUGACAGCUUGUAUAAAAACAGCUUGUCCAAAUAUUUUCGUGUGUGUGUGUGUGUGUGUGUGUGUGUGUGUGUGUGUGUGUGUGUAGACUCACAGUUGUGAUCAAGUGACUGAACUGCAAUAUAAACACAUCAAGUCUACGUAAUCUGUAUGUGUAUAAAUAGUGUGAAUCUUGAGCGUGAGGGUGAUCUUCCUUUAGCUGUAAUUGCUUCCUCUUUUAGUUACUUGAUUUUUAAUUCCUUCAGCCUGAAGAGGUGACCUGAUCUCCCCACUCUCAGCUGUGCCCACUCCUAAAGCUCAGCUUGUUCUUAGCCUACUGUAAUCUGAUCAGUUAGUUUUUCUAUAUGGCACAGGAAAAACACUCUGAAUCUGGACUCUACACCUCUAGCGAAUAUCUUGGUUUUGCCCAAGCAGAGAUGGAGAUUGAUGAUGAGCGACCAAUUAUUUCUUUAUCCAAGAGUUCCUAUGAUAUGGUUGACAGUCCUGCUCAGCGAAUGGAGCUACCCUGGUGCAGGCAACAUCUCUGUAAAAGUGUCACCAAUACAGGCUACACUCAGAGGCCUGCCAAUAGAGGAGGUUCUAUAACAGGCAAGCCUUCUCCUUUGGAGUUUGAGGAACAUAGUAUCUCUAUAGGUGGUGUUACCACCACUCCAGAGACUGUUAUGUUUCGUGAAAGAGCCACAAGGCCCUGGAGCAUCACUGAGAACUCUAAGCAGGUAUACAAUGCUGAAAGGUGUGCACCAUGUUCCCCGUUAAUGCACAGGGAUUUGAGGAUGGGCUAUUUAGAGGGCAGGGGGUCAUGUUGCCAGUGCCAUGCAGAGGAAAAACUGAAAGUUUGUAAUAAAAUGGUUUGUGGGAUGUUGUCUCCUGCUCUAGGCACCAGGCUCUGCCUUAGGAAUGCACACAGCCUUGCACAACAAGGGAUAGAUGAAAGAUUUUGUAUGCAGAGUCCCUUUAAAGGUGAAAGCCACCAUUUACCAGCAUGCAGGUCUGCAUGUGUUCAUAAUGCACCGAAUACUAGAUCCUUCAAAAACACUUGUCAUGUUGUGCCCUGUUCUGGACAUUUAUUAAAUCCACUAUCCUGUACAGGAAGUUCUUGUUUACAUGAAAGGUUACCUUGGAAUGGUUUUCCACCUCUAGUGUCCUCUGUCAGCGAGACAGGACUAAACAAUCGUGCUGCAGGUCACUGCUAUGGAGCUGAAGCGUGUGAAAAGAACAAUUCUACUUUCAGACAAGAACAAAGUAGACAGUCUGGGGUUGGUCAUCGAACUGUAAGAGAUGCCUGCAACAUGACAUAUCAAAAGGACUUCAGAGAAAUUGGUGUGCAAACCAUAUCUACAGAUUCCCUUAUUUCUCCUCUCUCUAAUGCUUUCCCUGAGAUCAGUAUGACAUUUUGUCCAGGUUUAGACACAUGUCCAGAUGGAGAGGAUGUGGAAACCAGGAUCUCGAUAAAGGAAGUAGAGUGGGAUGCAGAGGGAAUGACAUGGGAGGUUUAUGGGGCAGCUGUAGACCCAGAGGAGCUUGGCCUGGCCAUUCAACAUCAUCUAGAGCUUCAGAUCAAAGAAACAGCAGCUGCUGCUGCUCAGAAGAAAACAGCUACAGAGAAUAAUGGUGCCUCAAUCCAACAAAACAAUCGGGAGAGGAAGGGUGAAAGAGUAGUACGAUUACUUUGUGGUCCAGCUUGCUGCUCGCAUUCUACUGCUGUAGAUGACUAAGGAGUUCAAUGAAAUUGUAAGUGUAAGAGCAUGUAAACUGCCUUUGAUACUUCGCACUUUUUUAAUUAAUAUGAAAGAUUAAGCACCUGACAGGGUAUUCGUCUGUUCAUCCCUUAAAGUGCCAGUUUAUUUAUCAGUUAUUACUUUCAUAACUAUUAAAGGCAAGAUUUGGGACAUUUCCACUCAGGAACAUCUUUAUGGCAAUACUUGAAACUAGCAUACAUGUACAUUAUACCUGAGUAAAUUUAGACCUGAUCAAUGUAUUUGGGGGAAAAUGGAUAACUUCUUGGGGCAAUUGGCUAGGUCACAAUCUUGUAAAUAAAAUUAAAAAAGCCCUUUAAUAAACACAUAGAUGAUAUUAUCAUAGAGGAGAUUGAGUUCACAGUUAAUACCUACUCACUUUAAAUAUUGUAACCUACAGAUUAUGAUUAUAAAUAUGAUUACAUCUAUUAUGCUUUACAUGAUAACUGCUAGCGGAUAUACAUUUAAACUGCAUACAUGCAUCGUUUUAAACCAUAAAUAAGGUUGUAUUGGUAAGAUGUAAGAUAAUGGUGGUAGUGUUACAUACAUACUGUUAGGAAACCAAAUAUUAUAUAUUUUUUUAUGAAAACCUUAUUAAACCUUAAUUUAUAGUUCUCUUAUUUAGAAAAACAAAUUCUGAAAACCAUGUCCAAAUGUUAACUAGGUUGUUUCUCUUAAAACUAAUGUGCAACCUAAUUAAACUAAGCUCUGAAGAUAUUUAAAGUGUUAAUAUGAUUUAUUUUGUAAAACACACAUACAUCAACAUUCAAUUAGUCAGUAUUGCACUUAAACAAUUAAACCAUUUAGUGAGUCUCCUUACUAUUUAUUUUCCAUAGGAAUAUCCAGAUUCAAGGAAAGUGUUAGCAAAGCAUUAAUAUUUGAAUGGAACAUGGUUCAUUUAAAAAUAGAAAUGUGUAAAGCUGUAACAGGUCAUUAAUGAGGAUGCUUUUGUGUAUAAUGUGUGUAUGUGUAUCUUGCCAACUCUGGUGAAAUCUCAGAGUGCACUUAUAGCUUUAUUCUUUGCCCAAAGCAAAUCAUAUCUUUCUUUGGACCACAGCAUUGUGAUUCACUGUCAAUAAUCAUAAUAAAGUAAUGUAAAAAGUUUAAUAAAAAUGAUCUUAAUAUAUGUUAACAAAAGCUUUUGUCUGAAUAAUUGCAACAAUAAAUUGUUUGA